GACACUAGUGAGUGGUUUUAUUAUUAUUAUUGUAGGAUUUAUUUGCAAAGAAGUUGAUGUUGAGGUAGAUGUUCCAGAAUUAAUAUGCGACCAAAAUAUUGGCGAAGAAAACUCUGAUUACUCCAAAAUUAGGUAAAACUUUGUUUUAAUUAUUUCAUUUCUAUUUAUAUAUUUUUUUAGAAUUGGAGAUUAUAAAGAUAAUAUUAAUGAUGAAAAUGUGCAGUACUUAUUUGAUGUAAACUAUAAAAGAAUUGGAAAAAAUUGUAGAAAUUAUCAACGAUGUACAUUAAUGAUUUGGAAAUCUAUAAGAGAGUUUCAGAAGUAUUUGCAGAGCUAUAAUAUUCAAGACGGAACGAUUCAGUUCAAAAAUGAAAUGCUCAUACCUGGAAUAAAAUACAUUCUGAACAUAUCGGUUAUUAAAGAUGGAAACGUAAUAGGCACAAACAAUUACAAUUUAGAUUAUGUUGACCAAAAUACAAUUAAAUCAGAAAUUACCAGCAACAAAGAAAACAACAUUGUAGAUUUAAAAAUAUUGGCAACUGACACAACUUACUCCUUUAAUACUUAUUAUAUUAAUGCGCAAAUUAUAACGUGUUCGAAUAUUUCUGGGUACUACUUCAGUUGGAUGUUGUCUAAUGAAACAGUUUCUAAUUGCAAAAGUAAUUUUCUAACAGUGCCUCCAUACACUUUUGAACCUUUGGAAAAUUACGAAUUAAAUUGUAAAUUAAUGAAUUCUGAAGAUGACUCGGUUAUUGCACAGAAUAGUUUGAAAAUAAAAAUAUUGGAACGAGGUAUACUUUUGAAACUGCCAUUUGAUUAUCUAAUAACAAAAGCAAAUGCACCUAUAACAAUCAACGCAUUUGUAAAAAAUCUUGAUGGAGACACAGAAACUCUUCAAAUAAAUUGGUACUUGGAUAACACACUUUUGGAACACGAUUUAGCAGAACUACAACUAGAUGAAGGACUUUCAGAAGGUUCCUACACGGUCACUAUAGAAGUAACUAAUGGGAAUGUGUCUGAAAGACGUUCCUCUGCAAUACAAACUAUUAAGGAAGUUUCAAUUAUACAAGUAGACACAAUAAAACAACCAUUUUCUGUUUCCCAAGACAUUGUCAUCCACGUUGGUGUCUUGGAAUUAUAUACUUUUUGUUCUGUUCAGUGGUUGUCGGUUUCGGAUGAAGGUUUCGAAAAUAUAGACUUGAAUACUUUGCCUGGAAACGUGGGAAAGAAGAUUAAUGUUUCAGCUGCGGAAGACUUAAUUUUAAAUGAACUAGAUGACUUCCUGAAUGAUACAAUUGAUAAAGAUCUUCGUCUUGUAAUUCCAGCAAAAACACUAACAGGCGAUGCUAAGUACAAAUUCAGAAUUAAUAUCAGCUGCCCAGAAAACUACGAAAGUACUUCAAACGACGAAAUUAAUUACUCGCCAAGUAAUUAUCUUACCACUCACGUGGAUAUUUCAAUAGAGACUAACUCGCCUCCAAAACUAGGAAAAUUGCAUGUGAAACCUUUAGAAGGUACAGCUUUGAAAACUGUUUUCAAAUUUGAAACUGAAGAGGCCGUGGAUAAACCUGUUGAUUUGCCCAUUUUAUAUAAGUUUGGAUAUUUUUUAAAGGAGAAAAGGAUUACGAUUUGUUUUUUGAUGGGAUUUUACAGUUGUCAGAUGAAGCUUCCCUAUGGUGAUGAAGGCAUUGUUACCUUCAUGGAAGUCUGUGACAACUUGAAUAGUUGCGAUGAAGUGCGAGGAAAUACAAUUCAAACUAUCCUACCUGAAGAAAUAAAUUUAAAAUUAUCGUUUCAAGAUUUUAAUACUUACCUCUUGUAUAAAGAUUAUUACAAAGCUUUCGCACAAGCAUCAGCAGUUCUACAAACCUACGAAAGCAUACCAACUUUUGAUAUGAUAAAAGAAGUACAAGAUAAUUUUUCUUCUUUAAUUAUGCAGGAAAUUACUAAUCUAAAUAACUGCAAUGAAACUGGUGAAGAUUGUUUGUUUUUCAGUAAUUCCUUACUAAAAUCCUUUGGGGUCUUUAGCGACACUAUUAAACUAACAGAAGAAGUUUUACAUGAAUUAUCCUCAUUAAGAAACAAUUUAGAAAUGAAUUUAUAUUAUAAACAUACACAAAGACAACUCUUAGCUGUGAUUGAUGGUAAUAACUUAGAGGAAAUCCAUAACUUCAUGAUUGUAUCAGAAUCAAUAAUUUUAAGUUCGAACGACAUACAUAAAAUCGAACAGGAAAAAAAGAAGUUGAAGAUUCUGGUAAAACAAUACAUGGAAAAAGUUUGUGAAGAUGUUUGGAAGGAAAAUAAUCAAGUUCAAAUUAAGUUAAGACUCACCAUUUUUGAAGUAGAAAAACUUAAUUUAAAAAUGAGAAACAAGUUUUAUCUUAUACCGUUUGAAAAUAACGAAUGGACAGUUUUGGCGAAAAUCAAAAUGGAAUCUUCUGUUUUUAAUAGUUUGGAUGUUAAUCAAAAAUACUGCGUAGCUAAAGCUGCAUUUAGAGCAAACGUAACAGAAAAAAGAGUGUCUUUUAUGGUUCACAUUGUCAAUUCACAGUUAAAAGAGACAGAAAAUUUUGAAAAUGCGACUAUUACUGUUUUUCUUCCACAACCAAAAGAACAAAACAACAAAUAUUUUUGUGUACAAGAAAAUUUGAACAAAAGAUCUAAGUGUAAACUAUUGAAACCAGUUUCAACAUUUGUUACAUGUUCUUGUCGAAAUUUUGGAUUUUUCUAUUUGAAAAGCAACAAUCAAUCAAACAAUCAAACACCCACUGAAUAUUCAAUUAAAAAUUUUACAAGUCCUGUAGAAACUCAAAAAACAGUUUCAAAUGCUGAAACAACUACCGAAAUGUUUGUCGAGGAGCAGAACACUAAUUAUGAGAUGGUAUCGUACAUUGUGAUCGUCGCAUCAAUUUUGGGGAUCAUAAUAAUGGCCGUUAUAACUAGAAAAAUUCUAAAAGAAUCUGAUUACGAUGAAGAUAAUUAUUUGGAUGAUUUAAAUUUUCCUAAAUAUGCUGCUUUGCACGAUGAAGAAAUACUACAAAAUGAAUAUAUUUAAAGGAUUUAGUUUAGUAUAAAAAAACAAAUUAAUUAAUAAAAAAGGAAUAUUUUUUAAUAAUCUAAACUACCAAGGCGAUAUCUAUGUAAAAAUCACAUAAUAUCUAAAUAAAACU